AAAACUUCAUCUUUUUCAAUUUCAGGUUUUAAAGAAUUUAUAAACUGUUCCGUCAUUGCACUCCUAAGCUUCACUUUACUAUGUUCCGCUGCACCCGCAAAACAGGCGCAAGACCGCAAGGUCCUUAGCUGGCUGGAGGACUGGACCGAGCGACUGGGAGAAAGCGCAGUAAUGGCAGUUAAAAAAUAUGAAGACGUCCACUUCAGCGACAGGCGUAACAACCUGCCAUUAUUGGUACUUGUUUUAAAACUGGUUAUCCAAAACUUCACGGAAUUGUUGUCGGGGAAAAGUAACGAUAUUCUGUUGUUUUAUUCUCAGCCUGAGAACAUCACCGAAGCAAUUUGCCGCCAAUUGGUGGAGUUUACCAACCCAGCGUACCUCGCUCUCUUUGACGAGAGUGAACGUUUAAACUCUGAUCCUGACCUGACCAAGUUACUCUUGAACGUAUCCGUCGCCCUUAACUCGACACUUGAAAUGGCCCGAUAUCUGGUAAGUUACCACAAACGCAUCGAUUUUCAUCCUACCUACUGCCCAGGCAUUUCGUUUCCACCAUUUUGUGACGUCAGGUCAUUGUGGCAUAUUGGGUUUCGAGCUAGCAUUGCUAGUUUCGCUUUCUGCUCGUUCUACAGAUGAGAAGAUAACCAAUUCCUAGUAGACUUAGACUUAAACCAAGUCCAUUCAUGGCGCUUAUCUUUCAUUUAAUUUAUUGUAAAUCCAGUGAAUAGUUUUCCUUGUGUUCACAACAUUUCCAGGUCUCCCAAACUUUUCCUCCUGUUAGUUUGCGUCUUCCACUUCUGUCCCUUGUAACUAAGCUGUGAUUUUUUGUCUUUUUUCAUAGCAUGUCAG